AUGGUUCUAUUGGUUGUGGUGGUGAAAUUAUGUGUUGGUCCUCAAGUCAAUAUAUUGGACCACAAUGAUGCUUUAACAUGGCUUAUUGGAUUGGAGUGCUAUAAAGAAGAGGCAGUUAGGGCAAAAGCAGUGGCUGAGAAUAAGAUGUAAAAUAAGGAUUUUAGUACCGCUUGUAAAUUUGCUCUUAAAGUCCAAUGCCUUUAUAAAGAUUUGGAGAAUAUUUCCCAGAUGUUAAUGGUUUGUGAUGUGCAUUGUUAUGCUGAAAAGAAACUUUUUGGGCAUGCAAUGGACUGGUGUGGCAUCCUUCAGAUUUAGCAGACAACUGAUGAGGCAACCAUCAAGAAGCAAUAUAAGAUGGCUGCUCUUCUACUUCAUCCUGACAAAAAUAAGUUCUCUGGUGCAGAGGCUGCUUUUAAGUUUAUUGGUGAAGCCCAAAGGGUGCUUUUAGAAAAAGUAAUGGUAUUGCAUGACAUAAAACGCAAAGCUUCUAUAACUAAACCAGCGUUAGCUUACAAGCUUCAACAGAAGCCAACAUAUCGGCCUAACACUGGAGUUCAAAACAAUUUCAGGAGCAACUUUACAGGCUUCAACCCACACCAGCAGCAGACACAACAGGCAACAGGACAACAAGGGUUCCCCGAUGAACACGCAACUUUCUAGAAAACUUGUCCAUUUUGCAAGGUAAAGUAUCAGUAUUAUGUGGAAGUUAUGAGUAAGUGUGUUAUAUGUGGAUCUUGCAGUAAGCCUUUUAUUGCAUAUGAGAGUACUGUGCAAGGGGCUCCAACAACAGCUAACUCAAAACGGUCAGCAUUUCUCCAAAGAAAAGACGUGCCAAGUCAUGGUUUUAGCAAGGUGGAACUAGGUGGUCAUGGCAAUUCAAGUGCCGAGCAUUCUAAAACGGAUUUCUUUCAAAAGAAAGGUUGUAGUAAUGAUUUAAGUUCACAAAAGGUCAAUGGCAAGAGACAGAGGAAGAAAGAAGCAGAAUCAAGUGAAAGUUGUGAUAUUGAUAAUAGCAUUAAAACUGUAGGAGAUGUGUUAGUUGAUGAAGAUUGUGAAGUUAAGGCAGAAGUAGAUUUGGGAUGUCAUGUAGAGCGCCCAAGGAGAUCUGAUCGGCGUAAGCAACAUGUUUCUUAUAAGGAAAAUUUGAGCGACGAUGAAGACUUUGCCAACCAUCCAAAGAAGGCCAAGAGGACGGAAGAGAGAAGAAAUGGAUUGAAGAAGGAUUUUUUUAAAACAAAUGACCAUUCUAGUCUGAAAGAUCAAAGUGCAGUUAAACAGAAAGAAGGUCCAGAGAGCAUCUCUAAUGAAAUUAAGGACAAUAAGAAUGUGGAGCGCAAAGAAGCAGAAGAAAAUGAUUGUAAGAAAGCUUCCGAGGCUUGUAGCGAUUCUACAUCAGAUUCCAGCUCUAAAAUCACAUCAGAUCCAGAGUUCUAUGAUUAUCCUGAUCUAGAUUUCAAUGACUUUGACAAAGUCCGGAAUGAUAAGAGUUUAGCAGGGCAGAUCGGGGCUGCUUAUGAUACCUUGGACACCAUGCCUAGGUUUUAUGCUCGAAUUACGAAAGUUUUCUUUCCUGAAUUCACACUGCAAAUAACUUGGCUAGAACCAGAUCCGGAUGCUAAUGAUGAAACUGAAUGGGUUCAGGCUGGGUUGCUAGUUUCUUGUGGUAAGUUCAAAAAUGGAAACUUUGAAAAUGCUGAAGGUCGUCUUAUGUUUUCUCAUAUGAUUGAAUGGGAAAAAGGAAGCCAAAGGGAUGCGUACAAGAUAUUUCCAAGUAAAGGAGAAAUUUGAGCUGUUUUCAAGCAUUGGAAUAUUAAAUGGAAAACUGAUGCAGACCCUCGCUAGAAGUAUGAGUACGAAUUUGUUAAAAUCUUGAUAGAGUAAACUUAGGGUAUUAGUGCAUGUGUUGCAUAUCUAGGCAAGGUGAAGGGCUUUGUGAGUCUUUUUUGUCAUAUUAGAAAGGAAGGGAAAGACACAUUUCUAAUUCCACCCACUGAACUCUUCCGCUUCUCCCACAUGAUUCCAUUGUUUAAAUUCACAGGGGCAGAAAGAGGUGUGCCAAAGGGAUCUUUCAAACUCGAUCCAGCUUCUUUGCCCAAAGAUAUUGAAGAGAUACCUAAAGAUUAUGUGCUUGAGGAUGGCAAUUAUCAUCCCAAUGGUUCAUGUUCGAGAUCUUCUUUAGAUAAACUGAAACCUGAAGCGGAGUUCGAAGCAAGCACUUUUGGCCAUUAGGCUAAUGUGAAGGGUGCUGAUCUAGAAUUUGAAGUUAUUAACGUCAGUGAGGGUUGCAGUAUUCCUCCAGCUUCAAUUGGAGAAGCUAUUGAAAUUUCAGAACCAGAAUUCUUUUUCGAUGCUGAGAAAUCCAUUGAAAAGUUUCAGGUUCGUCAGAUCUGGGCAUUGUACAGUGAUAAGGAUGGCUUACCAAAGUACUAUGGUCAGAUUGUAUAAGUUGCCUCUGACCAGGGUUUCAAAUUACGGCUUAAGUGGCUCAUUGCAUGUGCACUGCCAAAUAAUGUGACUAUGCGUGUUUGUUGUGAAAAAUUUAGGACUAGCAGGGGUGCAUCACCGAUAUAUACGGAUUCUAACUGCUUCUCACAUCAGCUUAGUGCAGAACGCUAUGAAGUAAUGGAAGUUCUUGAAGAAAAUGAUUUGUGGAUCAAAGUUUCAUUUUAAGAACAAGUUGAUGGUUUCAAUUCAGUUUUAAAUGCUCGAUUCAAGGAAAGAUCAAUUGUUACAGGAUGUAGAUCAAUUGUUACAGCGGAUGUCCUCUACACUGAGCUGCUUAGAUUCUCCCAUCAGAUUCCUAUUUUUCAAUUAACAGACCAGAAGGAUGGCAGUUUGAGAGGAUUCUGGGAAUUUGUCCCUGUAACAUUACCCAUUCAUUUUUUUGAUAGGAAGUGAAAUGGUUGGCUGGUUCUAAUGCCAGGGCAGGAUCUGGAAAUAGGUUAUGGUUUCCAUUUGUUGCAAAAUGGCCGGAAAACCAAGUACAUUCUAAUGUGUAAAUAAGUGCAAAUGAGUCUGCUUUGAAGUUGCUUUUGGGAAGCUGUAUUUGGUGGAGAAUGUUACCUUUGGAGAAAGAGGAGACUGUUGGUUGAAACACUUUGACCCUUCCAAUUUUCUCUUUUGGCUCCCUGUAAGCGCGGAUUGGUUGGUUAGGCCACAAAUCGGUGAUAGUCUUAGUGUUAUUUUACUUGAACAGUCCUGUGAACCCUCAUAUUUAGAAAUGGUUAUGCUUAUCCCUCCUCAAGACGUAGAGAUCUGAAUUGUAUUGGAGCUCGGCACUUUUGUCUUUGUUUUCUUUUCUCCCAAUUAUUAUUCUAUACCCAUUUUUGUGGGUGAAUUAGCUUUUUAUGAGGAUGCUUGUUCUGAUGGUCUUUCUUCAUACUUGUAUAUUUCUACUCCUUCUCAAUAUUAAUAUUGAUGAAUUAACUUUUUAUGA